AUGGACCUCCUCGAGAUGCCGCUGCCACACUUCUUCGAGAAGACCCUCGGCAAAGGUACCUGCUUUCCUUCCCUUCACCACUGCCGUUUGCCGCUCCGCGCUAAAACUCUACCUUGGUUCCCUUCUUCUCCCCUUAAUCCACCGCUCAUGCUUUUUUUCUGCGCGCGCGAUUGGCUACCAGACGAGGACGAGUGGCCGCCGGAGGCGCGCUUCCUCGUCGCCGCAUACUACGGCAACGUCCGCCGCCUCAAGGAGAUCGCGAGGCGCCUGGACAGGAGCGGGGGGAGCAAGGGCGCGGACGCCACGCUCGCCGCCACCACCUACCGCGGCAUGAACGCGCUCCACGCCGCCGUCGGGGGGCUCGGGAGGCUCGACGCAUGCCGUUACCUCGUCGACACGCUCGGGAUGGACGUCAACAUGUGGGACGCAUCCCCAAGGAAGAAGACGCCCCUGGAGCACGCCGUGGCCGGCGGCAACCUGCCGGCCGUCAGGUUCCUGCUUGACCAUGGGGCUGAUCUCCACCAGGAAUGUGAGGAGGGCGCCACUGUUGUCCAUCGGGCUGCAAUGACAGGGAAGUCCGAGAUACUGAAACUGCUGCUUUCUAGAGGAGCCGAAGUCGACGGCAAGUCAGAACAGGGGACACCGCUGUGUCUCGCGGCCCUUAAAGGACACGAGAGUACUGUGGAGGUUUUGUUGGAGCACCAUGCAGAUGUCAACAUGGUUGUGCCUUCUUGUCUGGCAACACCUCUAGAUGCUGCAGUGUUUGCUGCUUCCAAGCAUUGUGUCAAGCUAUUGAUUCAGGCUGGAGCUAAUGUGAACGAUGUUAAUAAUAAUUCCUUGGCAAGAGCUGCAAGCGAAGGCUUAACUGAAAUUCUUAAGUGCUUGUUGGAGGCAGGUGCAGAUCCAAAUCGUCCUGAUGAGUGUGGUAUAAUACCAAUAGAGCUAGCCGCUGUGUAUGGUACAAGGGAAGACGUUGAGCUUCUAUAUCCUUUCACCUCCCCAAUUCCAGAUGUGGCAGACUGGAGCGUUGAUGGGAUAAUCAAUCAUGCCAAACUGGAGCACAUGCAGCUAAUGGAUGAUGACGCGGUUAAAAAGAGGAAGUCUGUCCUGAAACAACAAGGGGAUGAAGCAUUUGAGAAGCAGGAUUACGCAAAUGCAUCAGUGCUCUACACAAAGGCGCUCAGGGCUGAUCCGUUGGAUCGUAAAAUGCUGGCCAACCGGAGCCGCUGCUGGCUCCGUCUAGGCGAUGCAGAGAAGGCUGUGAAAGAUGCGAUCAAAUGCAAGAAUAGCCACGAGGGGUGGGCAGAGGCACACCAUCGCCAUGGAGAAGCUCUGAUGAUGCUGAAGGAGUAUGAGAAGGCUUGCGAGGCGCUCACACGCGGCCUGGAGUUGGACCCCGAGAACGAUGAGAUGGAUAAGCUCUUCUGGGAGGCGAUGGAACUUAAGAAGAAGAAAUGAUGCCUGCAGAGGUCGCCAGAUCAAGGCCCCUUUUUUGCGUUUUCAGAGAUAGUUACAGUCUUACAGAAGCUCUGUCAGGAGUAGUAGCAGCAUGUUGCUGUUAAUUAAUCUUGAAACAAUGGCUCUUGGCGUCAUUUUGGUGACAGUCUAGUCUAGCUAGUCUGAAACUAGUA